UAAAUAAGGGGCGUCCAGGGGCUGGGCUGACCCCUCAAUGAUCUUGGGACUCUGAGCUCUGGGAUUUGCUGUUUCAGGUAACCAGGGCCUCUCCCUGCUGUGCUUUGUUGCAGACACGGAUGCAGAGCCUGCAGCCCGACCCCAAAGCCCAGUACAGGAGUGUGUACGAAGCUCUGAAGAAGAUGGUGCUGACAGAGGGGCUCUGGAGGCCUCUCCGUGGGGUCAAUGUCACCAUGCUGGGGGCUGGCCCUGCCCACGCCUUGUACUUUGCCUGCUACGAGAAAAUGAAAAAGUCUCUCAGUGAGAUUUUCCAGUCAGGAGGAAACAGCCACUUGGCCAAUGGCAUCGCCGGGAGUGUGGCCACGCUGCUCCACGACGCUGUGAUGAAUCCUGCUGAAGUGGUGAAGCAGAGGCUGCAGAUGUUCAACUCUCCCUACACGUCGGUGCUGGGCUGCGUGCGGGCGGUGCGCAGGAGCGAGGGCUGGGCGGCCUUUUACCGCAGCUACACCACGCAGCUGAGCAUGAACGUGCCCUUCCAGGCCAUCCACUUCAUCAGCUACGAGCUGCUGCAGGAGCGCCUCAACCCCCGGCGCCGCUACAGCCCCGCCUCCCACGUGGUGGCCGGGGCCGUGGCCGGGGCCGUGGCCGCCGCGGCCACCACGCCGCUGGACGUGUGCAAGACGCUGCUGAACACGCAGGAGAGCACGGCCCUGAGCUCCCUCAACAUCAGGGGCCACCUGUCGGGCAUGGCCAACGCCUUCAGCACCGUCUACCGCCUGGGGGGGGUCGCUGCUUUCUUCAAAGGCGUCCAAGCUCGCGUCAUUUACCAGAUGCCCUCCACGGCCAUCGCCUGGUCUGUGUAUGAGUUCUUCAAGUACUUCCUGACCAAGCACACGCUGGAGAAAAAGGCGUCCUCGUGAGAAUGGAGUGGGGAUGUGCCUGUGCCUCCCUGCAGCCAGCUGGGGUCACAUCUGUGCAUCUCCUCACAGCCAGCUGGGUUCACAUCUGCAUCUCCCUGCAGCCAGCUGGGUUCACAUCUGCAUCUCCUCGCAGCCAGCUGGGUUCACAUCUGUGCAUCUCCCUGCAGCCAGCUGGGUUCACAUCUGCAUCUCCUCGCAGCCAGCUGGGUUCACAUCUGUGCAUCUCCCUGCAGCCAGCUGGGUUCACAUCUGCAUCUCCUCGCAGCCAGCUGGGUUCACAUCUGUGCAUCUCCCUGCAGCCAGCUGGGUUCACAUCUGCAUCUCCCUGCAGCCAGCUGGGUUCACACCUGUGCAUCUCCUCACAACCAGCUGGGUUCACAUCUGUGCAUCUCCCUGCAGCCAGCUGGGUUCACAUCUGCAUCUCCCUGCAGCCAGCUGGGUUCACACCUGUGCAUCUCCUCACAACCAGCUGGGUUCACAUCUGUGCAUCUCCCUGCAGCCAGCUGGGUUCA